GAUGGCGUCGCGGUCGCUGUCACUUGUUUCAAUUGUUUAAAUAACUUACCCGUCGCCGCCAACUGUCGACAAAUCAAUUGCGGCUUUCUCAUUCGUCUCACACAAAAUAACAAAUUCUAUUAAGUCGGUUGCUGCCGAAUCGGUGCCAAAUGAAUAACACGAAUAUAAACAACAGUACUGAUGUGAACAUCAUCGGGGAAACCGAAACUUUUGCACCGAAUAACGCGUAUGCUAGUGUCGCGCCAGUGUCCGCCGCCGAGGCGUUUGCACGAUCGUGCGAAGAAAUUAAAGCCUUUUGUCCACAAGAGGAUGAUGACGAGGACGAUAAAUUGCUUGCGAUCCCUCCGCCAGCGCAAGAUGACCAACCGGAAUGUGAUUUGAAAAUCGCCGGAUUACGAGCGAAAAUUGCUUCGAAGCUCAAUGUCGGCUCAAGUUUGCCUCAAAUCGCAAUUAAAGCAAAAGUCGCUCAGAGUACAAACGCGAAUGAUACCGAGAUUGCGCUCUUGAAUGGUGACUGGGAUAUAUUAAGUACGGUUCCGACUAUUGUUGCCGAAAUGCACAACGUAAAUCUGGAAGAGCUUUUGGUUUUAAAAGAAAUUACCACGUCUAUUUCAAACGACAACAAUCCCACAGACUGCAGGGGUACCGGACUUGGCGGAAAACAAAUGAAACUUGAAGGUGUUUUGGAUCAUUCUACUGGAGGAUUUACAUCGAUGAUGACUCAUGCAGGAUCGUCCAACGUCCCCGUCUUCAAGGACACAUCUAGUCCUUUGGGAUCUGACAGUGGCAUUGAAGGUGAUUCUACUGACGGAAAUCUUUCAUGGUUAUUAAAUUAUAAGAUUAAUGAACUUCCACCGGUACCUGACCAGCAACACAAUCCAUCCACUCACACUCUUCCCAUAGUACAAAAUGUGGUACCUUCAACAGACAUUUCCAAGCAAAUGUCUGCGGAUCCUAACGUUCAAUAUCAAGCUAUAGACGAGCACGGUAACAUGGUUAAUGUGCCGAAUAAGGGAUACGCAACGGUUCCUGUAAUUCAAACCAACCAGACCACGCAACCUUAUCAGUUUGUGUCUAACAAUCCUCCGACUGGAGUGGCUAAAUACUCGGGUCCCAGAAAGCCGCCCUUUACCUACACAGAACUCAUCGAACACGCCUUGGUAGAAAAACGAGAAUUGACAGUAUCGGGGAUAUAUCAGUGGAUUUCAGAUCAUUUUCCAUUCUAUAAACAAAACGACGAUAGGUGGAAAAAUUCCGUGAGACACAACUUGUCCAUCAACCCGCACUUUAGAAAAGGCAGCAAAGCAGUGCAUGGCGCUGGUCAUCUUUGGACAAUUGCCCAAAAAGACGAGCAUCACUCAUGGCAAAUUAAACGUCAAAAAAUGCAACAAUUUAUUAAAACCAGCCACGGCGAAGGUUCCAAUGAGAAACUGCAAGAAAUCGAGUUGGCUAAUGCUACCGCCAGCAUUUUACCUUCUGAUUCAGAUUCUUCCAGUCAAUCACAUUCGAAACGAAUGCAGCCCAAAAAUGUCGCCAUCGAAUACGUCAUCGAUAUGUCUGGCGGUCUCGGCGUGGUGUCUCUAGAGCAAGUAGUAGAGGAAUGCGGCCUUACCGGGGACUACCUCAUCACUGACCUGCAUCCAGCUGCAUUGGGCCUCAAUAUGAGCGAGGGGGAGAUUCUUAACGCCGACAAUCUCUACGAUGAUCUCAAUUUUCCCACCUACGAGCUCCAGGGAGAAUGAAAAAUUAUUCCGUCCACCGCAAAUCUUAAUGAGUUGAGAUGCUGAAAAUGUAAAUGAUAAGAUUUUAUGUCAAUAAGUGGAUUGAGUGCUCUGUGUGACGUUCGUUGUUUCGUAUUUUAUUACAAGUUUUAAGAAUCCGCAAAGUAUUUUUAGUCUAACAUCGUAAAAAAGCAAUAAGAAGUCUAGUCGAGAUUUGUAUAAAAUCAGCAAUUUACUAACAUUUAAAUUUAUGAUUGCCUCAAUAAGAAAGCAUUCUAUAAAAGUUUAAGAUAUUUGAGAUUACUGUAAGUGCACAUACAUAUCACAUUUCUCACAUGUUUGUAUAAAAAACAAAAUGCUCCAAUAUGAUAGCAUUAAUUUUAACAAUAAUUGAACACUUUGAUUCCAUUCAUUUAAAGUUACAUAUAAGUAUUUUGUUAGUUAAUAAAAAACAAAUCGUUUUCAAUUACAUACAAGAUAUAUGGAGAA